ACGCUCCGCGCAAGCGCGAAGGGCAGGGUCACCUAACGGUCCUUGGUCCCGCCCUACGGGAUCCCGCGGCGCGUGGGCCUGUGGGGCCUGUAGUUUUCCCUUUUGUAGCCGGUUUUUCCCCGCCCCUUCCGCUCUUGGUUCCCUUGGGACUCCGUUUCCCGUGGUGCGUCGGGGCCGCCUUCCGGUGUGGGUACGGAUCGGCGCACGCGGCUGCAGUGGCGGUGCCCCGGUGACUUUACUCCGGGGCCAUGGAGGGCAGUUUCGGCUCGGACUUCGGGGGUGCGGCGGGGGCCGGGGGCGGGAAGCUGGACCCGGGGCUCAUCAUGGAGCAAGUGAAGGUGCAGAUCGCCGUGGCCAACGCGCAGGAGCUGCUACAGAGGAUGACGAACAAGUGUUUCCGGAAGUGCAUUGGGAAGCCCGGCAGCUCCUUGGAUAACUCCGAGCAGAAGUGUAUCGCGAUGUGCAUGGAUCGGUACAUGGACGCCUGGAAUACAGUGUCCCGAGCCUACAACUCCAGGUUGCAAAGGGAGCGAGCCAACAUGUGAGGCAUGAGCUCUUCUCGUGGACAUCCAGGGACUCUAGCUUUGUCAUCCAGGGAGUGCAUCCUCCCACCCUCCCUUCUGACAGGGCGCUUUGAGAAUGAAAGGAAUACGGCUGGGAAAUUUGGCUCGAUUCCUUGGUGAUUACCCACUCCCUUCUCAGCACACUAAUAAAAGCCCUGUUUGUGGAGCCUGGAUCUCUGCCCUGCUCUAAGGGCCCAGUUCUCCCCUUCUUUGCCGUGGUCUCAGCCUUUAGGCAAAGGAUGGCCCUCAUGCCAGCUGUAGAAGCUCCUGGCCACCUCCCUGAGGUCCCUGACCAUGCCUGGCACCAGGCACGCAUCGAUUUGGAGCUGGGCCUUUGGCUGUUCCCUGGGAAAGGUGUGGUUGGGUCCCCCCGGCAGGGGAUAUGCAGCUCAUGAGCCUUGGGGACCGGGAUGAUGUAAUCACUCCCUGUCAUUCAUCCAGAAAACAGUAAAUCGCUGUCUGUGACACUAGAGAAACUUCUUUUCUCUCUCUUCUGAGCAAUGACAAGUGUAUGGAUUUUUCUUUCAAAGGUUUGUGCCUCUGAGAUGGGAUGUGUCCUGCUGGUUGAGAGUGGGCUAGGUGAGAUGUUCUGCCCAGCUAUGAGGGCAGGGGCCUAGAUUUGGAGUCACUGUCGCCCGUGCGACCUUGGGCAAGUCAGAUAGUCUGUCUAAAAGGAAGAGCUGAGACUACAUGAUGGCCAGGUCUCUUUCUACUUAAAUCUUAGUAUAAUAGUGUGAGUUAGACUAUCUCCCUCUGCUGUAUUUCCUCUUCCCUUUGGUAUACUGAGGCUGUGGUGACCCAGAUGAGCAUGCAGGUGACAGCCUUUUCGAGGCCUCGAGCUGGAGCUGUCUUGAGGAUAAGCAAUAAUAACGAUAACAAAUAGCAUUUAUAAAGCAUCUACUAUGUGCCUGGCACUGUGCUAAGUGCUUUAGAAAUGCCUCACAGCAACCCUGCAAGGUAGGUGCUGUUACUCCCUUUUUAUGGUGGAGGAAACAGGCAAACAGGUUAAAAGAAUUGCCCAGGGUCUCACGCUGGAUUCACGCUGUGGCUGGAUUCACUCUCCAGCCUUCCUGAUUCUAGGCUCCGUGUGCGAUCUGCUGGAGCGCCUAGCCACCAAGGAUGCUGUUUGUGCAUUCUGAGGGUGGGGUAGGGUUCCCUUAGGUCUGGUGGUCUGCUUGGCUGGUGCCUCAGGGAUUCAGGGAGGCUUUGGUCUGAAUGCUGAGAUGCCAGCAGCAGUCAGUCACCUCAGACUGUGAGGGUCAGCUCUGGAUGUGGGGGGGUGGGGCAGGAAUGAUGACUGAAGUGAUUCACAUACAUACCUAUAUAUAGCUCCUUAAGGUUUGCAUUGCAUCUCUGUAAGUAUUAAAGAAUUAUCCCCAUUUUGCAGAUGAAUAAACUGAGUCUCCGAGAGUUAAA